AUGGGGGCCCCUGCAGGAGGCAGUAGGCGGGAGCGCAGCCCAGCAGCAGAAGCCGGGAGCCACAGGGGGCCGGGUGUUGACAUGGUGGCCACAGCGGGAAACCCUUGGGGCUUGUUCCUGGGGUACCUCAUCUUCGGUGUCACAGGAUCGCGCGCGUCGCGUGCCGGCGGCCAGAUUAUCAACGGCGAGGACUGCAGCCCGCACUCGCAGCCCUGGCAGGCCGCGCUGUUCCUGGACAACGAAUUUUUCUGCGCGGGCGUCCUGGUGCACCCGCAGUGGGUGCUGUCAGCCGCGCACUGUUUCCAGGACUCCUACACCGUCGGGCUGGGCCUGCACAGUCUCGAGGCCCGCCAGGAGCCGGGCAGCCGGGUGGUGGAGGCCACCCUCUCCAUACAGCACCCGGAGUACAACAAACCCUUCCUCGCCAACGACCUCAUGCUCAUCAGGUUGGACGAAUUAGUGUCCGAGUCUGACACCAUCCGGAACAUCAGCGUCGCCUCCCUGUGUCCGAGCGCGGGGGAUUCCUGCCUCGUUUCUGGCUGGGGUCUGCUGGUGGACGGCAGGCUGCCCACCGUGCUCCAGUGCGCGAAUGUGUCCGUGGUGGCCGAGGAGGAGUGCACUGAGCUCUAUGACGCUGUGUAUCACCCCAGCAUGCUCUGUGCGGGCGGCGGGCAGGACCGAAAGGACUCCUGCAACGGUGACUCUGGGGGUCCCCUGAUCUGCAACGGGUCCCUGCAGGGCCUCGUGUCUUUUGGACAAGCCCAGUGCGGCCAAGUCGGCGUGCCGGGCGUCUACACCAACCUCUGCAAGUUCACUGACUGGAUAGAGAAAACCAUCCAGGCCAGUUAACUACGGGGACUGGGGCCGGUGAAAUUGACCCCCACAUAUGUCCUGCUGAAGCAAUUCAGGAAUCUGGGUCCCCAGCCCCUCCUCCC